CUGUAUUCUGGAAGCAUCUAAGAGAGGCACGAGCGAGUGCGCACGCGUGCUGGCAAAACACCGCCGCAGGAAAUACAAUUGAUGGAGAAAGGGAACUAGGGGGCGAACAUUCUAUGCUACAAUAGAUAAUCGACGGCUUUCACCAUAGAGAAGCCAAAGAUAAAGUGACACCUGAAGUCGAUAGAGAAUCAUGACCGACGGGUUUCGAUUUAGUACCGGAAGUUAGGCUGGGCGUCACUCUAGCCUUUUGCUAUCUAGGCUCCAACUGUCGUUCCGAAUGAGUCUACAUUCUUUUUUUCUUAUGAUAUAUUUGAAGUAAUAUCGCUUUUUUCAAAAGACUGCCUAUCCAGUGCGGUAGUGGAGGCCAAACCCAUCAGCGUCCCUUUGUUUUGAAGGGGAACUUGCCGGCGGCGGCGAAGGAAUCAGACCAAGCCCGCCCCUUUUUGAGGACAACGGACAGUCGUCGGAUGAAACCGGAAGCGGCGUGUUUUAGCUGCUUCCGCGGAGUCUUGGCUUGUGUUCUGUGUUCUUGUUAUGUCAAAAAUACUUCCCGAAGACAGCAGAACAGGAAACAUUUUGCCUUUGAUUGUCACUGAAGAAGGCGCUACACAAAAGAAAUGUGGCUUACUAGUCACUGGUAUUAUAGGUGGGACGUUAGUGGCCCUGUACACUGUUGCUGCUCCAUUUAUUGUUCCAGCACUGAGGAAACACUGCCUACCAUUUGUACCUGCAACUUCGAAGCAGGUUGAAAAUGUCCUGAGCAUGUUGAAAGGCAGAAACGGAUCCCUGGUUGACAUUGGUAGUGGCGAUGGCCGCAUUGUAAUAGCCGCUGCAAAAGUUGGAUUCAAAGCUGUUGGUUAUGAAUUAAACCCAUGGUUAGUAUGGUAUUCCAGAUACCAUGCUUGGAGAGAAGGUGUUCAUCAAGAUGCCAAAUUUUACAUUUCAGAUUUGUGGAAGGUCAGUUUUUCCCAAUAUACAAAUGUUGUUAUUUUUGGAGUACCUCAAAUGAUGCUGCCGCUGGAGGAAAAGCUUGAAGAAGAACUCCAGCUAGAUGCUAGAGUCAUUGCCUGUCGCUUUCCUUUCCCCUGCUGGAAGCCAAAUCAUAGUUUUGGAGAGGGCAUUGACACAGUGUGGGCAUAUGAUUCCAAAUCUUUUAGAAUGAAAAGAUGAUGCAGUUAUGACCCACUACAUCCUUUCUAAGUAGCUGAAAUCCCAGAAGUAUUGCCCCAGUGGUUCUGAAUCUGGGAAUUUUAUGGACAGCUUUCUUAGGUUGAUGGGAGAAAUUAUACCACAGAAUGUGUUUUUCAAACAUUUAUUGACACUAGUGCUCCUUAAAGAUCAGUUGAGAUCUCAGUGAUGAAAAAUACAUUUGUAAUUCUUUUCUUAGUCAUGGCCCAAUAUUGUUCAAUACGUUAUCUGCCCCAUGCUACUUUGGGGUGGGAUAUAAAUCAAAUAAAAUUUGUGAAUUACCAACGUAAAAAUGCAUUCAAAAUAAUAUAAGUAUUUUAAUAAAAUAUUCAACAAAUGGUAAGCUGUAAUAAGGUUUUAUUAAAAAGUGGGCUUUCUGAUACAGCUAACCUUUAUGUGAAUAUUCUGAUUUAGUAUUACAGAAGAAUCAGUAUUUUGUAUGUGUUUUGAUUAAGACCUCAUUCUUAAUGCACCCUUAUUAUGAAGUGAGUCCUUUCACCCUGGCUUGCUAUGGCACUCCUCCAUUCUUUCUAUUCAGUUCAAUUAUACUUUGUUAUGAUUAUGACAAGAUACAGUGUUACUGAAAUAUAUUAAACUUUUAUCUGCCAGCA